CAACUCUCCACUCACAACUCCUUGUCUUGUCAAAACCCUUUAUCUGAAAGGUGCUGAACUUAUUCUGAAGCUGCUUGUCUACCUGCAGUGAUGAAAGGCGACGUGCAGAUGUUUGCUCCAAUCUGUUUGCUGCUCUGCUGGAUGCUGCCUGUAUGCUCCAAGAAGAUCAGGUCUAUCGUCAGUCUACCGGAGGCAGACCUGGGCAUCGAAAUGAGCAUGGUUAACGAUGCUGUUGACGACAUGUACUUUGGCUGCAAUGAAACAAUGACAAAAAGAAUCAAGGACAAAUACUUUGAAAAAGAAAACACUGGAGCGUUUGCGAAAGACUGGAAAAGAGCAGAACCGUGUGUCAAUGAGAGACUCAAACAAAGAAUAAAAGGGGAUGAGGCUCUAACUAAAGAUCACAUUCAAGCCAUCUGUGUUUAUAUAUCUAGCUCUACAAAGUUCAAUGAUGUAGUCCGGAAGGGUAUGAGCACAUAUAGCACUUCUUUCCCCUAUCACUCCUUACAUUUCUGGCUGACAUCCGCUGUACAGAUCCUCCGCAAUACAACCUGUCACACUUCUUACCACAGAACCAAAAUUGAGUUAAUAGGCAAUGUCAAACAAAUAAUACGAUUUGGUUCCUUUGCCUCCAGCUCUCAAAAAACAACACUGCACAAAUUUGGUAAGAAGACUUGCUUUGAAAUUCAAACCUGUCAAGGGGCUUUUCUGAAACAUUCUUCCUCUCUUGGAAAGGAAGAGGAGGAGGUGCUCAUCCCUCCUUAUGAGAAGUUCAAGAUAAUUAAGAAAACAAGGGGUCUAAGGUCAAAGGUCAAAGGUCUGAAAGACUGUGAGGUUGUCUACUUCCUGGAGAGCGUAGGCAUUGAAAGCAAUCUAAACUGCAACGUGGCAUCUGAGAGCUAUGGUUCUUCAACUGGUGGAGCAAAGUGAAAACAUUUUGUCAUGCACACUGCAUUUGAUGCUUUUUCAAUCCGACCUCAUGACCACACAUGUAUGCAAUUUCCUUAACCCUUGGUUGUUGUUGUUUUUUGCUUUUGUACAUCCAAAAUGCUGCACAACAAAAUGAUUAACAACUCUCACCAUUCUAUCUGUGCCAUUAUUUGCGUCUCUAUAUAUUACAAAU